AUGUCUUCCUGCUGUCUGACUAAAGAUGCCAUAACUGCGUUUGAAACGGCAUUUAAUUUCCUUCAACAAGGCAAUAUGGAGAUAGAUUAUAAUGAGCUCAAAGUCUUUCGCUCAUUGAAAAAGAAG